AGAAGACUGACUUUUCUACGCCACGCACCACCAAGACAUUUUCGACACACACCAACUUUUGGCGUAACUUAUUUGAAAGCUGCUGUCAUUUUUGACUGGAUUUACCUUAAUAACAUUUAGUCACUGUUUCUAAAUUCACCUUCCCUCGAAGAAACUACAUGACAUUAGUAAUAUAAACAAUAUCAAUCAUCAAAGUAAUGCGCGAUUCAAAUUAUAAGUCAAUAACCAAUAAUAAGGCUUCGGUCACCAUAACCACGUCGCUCUACGACCGACGGGCUCUUGAUGUGACUUCAGAUAAGCCACUUGUGAAUUCCCUCAAUCACCUCACCUACCUCGUAUCCUCCCUGGCGAAGGUUAGAGAAACUCUUUCCAUGGAUGGAGGUAUAGAACGUCUCGUAGAAAUCUUACAUGAAUGUCAUAAUCUGACAUUCAACUUAGUGGACAAUAUCUUCAAUAGUGAGAAGAAAUUGCUCACAGCAUGGAAAUGGACUCUUGCCUUCCAAUGUUUGGUUUUAAUUGGUACCCGUGGAACUGAGAAGAUCAGACAAAGAGUUGUUAAAGCGGGUAUGCUUCCUAUUAUAGCUACAGUGUUGGAUAACUAUCUUACUUUACAUGAACGUUCAUUUAUGUAUGCCAAUAACUGUCACUUGGAAUCUCAGGGGCUCCCACCAAAUCAAUAUCUGAAUAAUUCUGGGCAAACUCCAAAUGCUCUGCAACAACGUCAACAGUUAUUUCAGCAACUGACUCCUAUCCAAGCUCAUCCACAGCAAGUAAAUCCUCAGAUACGUCAGCAACAACAACAACAACAACAACAACAACAACAACAACAACAACAACAACAACAACAACAACAACAACAACAACAACAACAACAACAACAACAACAACAACAACAACAACAACAACAACAACAACAACAACAACAACAACAACAACAACAACAACAACAACAACAACAACAACAACAACAACAACAACAACAACAACAACAACAACAACAACAACAACAACAACAACAACAACAACAACAACAACAACAACAACAACAACAACAACAACAACAACAACAACAACAACAACAACAACAACAACAACAACAACAACAACAACAACAACAACAACAACAACAACAACAACAACAACAACAACAACAACAACAACAACAACAACACCAACACCAACAAUACCAACACCACCACCACCACCAACAGAAUUAUCAACAACAACUGCAACAACUGCAACAACUGCAACAUCACCAUCAAUAUCAACAGCAUCAACAAGAACAUCCGCAACAUAUACAGCAAGCACAACAACAGCGGCCCCAGCAUCCAACUCAGGAGAACCAACAGGAGCACCAACAUUCCCAGCAUCAGUAUCAACAACAGCAAGAGCAAGACCACAAUGCACGUGUUGCAGCUUUGCAGUCUGCAACUCAAUCUCAUGAUCAAACUCCCCCUCUGAAUCUUCAGCAACAACAGCAGCAGCAAUUACUUCUACAACAGCAAAAUUUGCUUGCUAUACAGCAACAGCAACAGCAGCCUCAAAUGGAACAAAUCCAAAUGCAGCGUCAACAACGGGCACAAGUUCCGGAUGAUUCUAUACAUCCAUCUCUCAAUCUUCCUGAUACCUUGUCUCUCCCAAAUACGGAGCAAAUUCCUGGAAUUUCAAAUUCAUUGUUAAAUGCUGAGAGCACCCCUUCCAAUGAUAUGUUUGGGAUUACGACCAUCCCAAGUCUUAAUUCUUCCAACGUUAUUUCUGCGAAUCCAUCCUCUGCAUUUUUUAGUGGAAGAUAUUCACAGAACCUUACAAAUGAUGACUAUGAAAAUUUAACUGUUGAACAGCUUUUCAAAUUGAUUAGAGUCAACCUCACAGAUGAGGAAAUCGAACGAUCAAAUGAGGCAGUAUCAUUUGGCUCUUUCUCUUCGUUGGACAAUGAUUUAAGAAGAAGGUACCUCAUAGUGAAUAUUAUCCAAAAACUUCGUCUUGAAAAAGAGAACGAUAUUUUAGAUUACAAUCAUUACAAUGAAUGUGACUAUGAUAUGGAUUGUGAUCUUCAAUUUCUUUCCGAUAUGUACCUACAAGAUGAUCGUUCCAAUCAUAUGAUUAAUUACGCCAAUUCUAAAAUUGCUCCUCGUAAUUUCACUGAAACUGGGGUAGUUAUUCCAAGAGAUGAUGAUAUUGUUUGGUCUCUUCAACUUUUGGCAUAUAUCUCCAAGUAUCCUUACUUGAAAGAUGUGCUUCAGAAUACGCAUCUUGUCAUCGAUAUGAGUAUUAGAGACAAACAGGUUAAGUUAUAUCUUGAGAAGCAACUCAAAACUAAACUUCGUAAAGGCUUUGCAGUUGAAUCACGUCCAAAAGCUAAACCGAAAUCUCGAAAAUCAAAAUAUAAAGAUCGUCAUGAAGCUUAUGUGGAGAGAUUCAAAUUAUCGGCUUCAAACUCUCCUCAAAUGUUGAAUGAUAUUAACGAUCUUGAUGAAGAGAAUUUCGUCCUUGAUGACGAAUAUUUGAGUAAAGUUCAACAAGAGGCUCCUGUUGGUGGCAACGAUACAGCUACAAAUGCAGUUGAGACUAAGGUAACAGGCACUUUUGAUGAAGACGUUGAUGAAGACGAUGAAGAUCGCUUUAGUGAACAACUUGAUGGACAGAGUACUGAUUCUUUAACUCUGAUUCUUGGUGAAGAUGUAAAAGAAGGCAUUAACUCACCAAUCGUAUCUAACUCUAUCCUACAAGGUUUACACGAAGAAAUAGUUGCAGCAGAAUCAGUUUCAAAUGACCUUGAACGCGAAAUCAAUCUUUUACACUUGAGUGACAAGAUUAAUAAAUCUGUUCAAGCAGAAUGUAAACAACUCAGUAGUACCAUUUUAAGAAAACAACGAGAAAAGACAGAACAUCUUACAACUCGUUGGGAUUAUGAUUCUUAUGAUAACUUUGAUAUUGACGCAGCUCAAGACGAGGACCUGGAUUAUGAUGAUUCACUUGUCGAAUAUAAGCGCGCAAAUCUCUUCCCUAUGGUUGAAAAAUUCGCAUUUCUUGCUGGAACCGAUAUGUACUAUUGGGCUGGUGUAAUUAUGAGAAAUUCGUGUCGUCGAAAUGAAGCAAAGGGUGGAGUUAGACAAUGUGGUAAUUUAGAAUGUGGUAAAUGGGAACGUUUCCCUCGUGAAUUUCUGAAGUGUCGUCGGUGUAAAAGAACUAAGUAUUGUUCUCGAGAGUGUCAAAUGAGAGCGUGGCAAUGUCAUAGAAAUUGGUGUGUUCCUAGUACUUCCAGUUCUGGAGGAACUGCCAUGAGUUCUAGCUCCAGCAUCCCAGCCCAAGUUCAGGCGCAAGAACCCAUGAGAGUUGAUGUAGCUACUCGUCCUCCGGAGGAUCUAAGUUAA